AUGCUCGACAAGCUCAAACUCGAGCUCGUGCCGGCCGCCGGUGACAAGCUCGUGCUCAAGCUCUCUCCUCCGCCGCGGCCGCUUGCUGACAAGCAGGCGUGUGUUUGCGUGCACGUGGCACUGCGCUCGUCCUACCUGCACGCGUGCGGCAUCAAGUCCGCCGCCGCCGAGGAGUUGCCGCCAAGCGCCGCCGUCGAGGAGGACCCCGAGUCGGCCACCGCGGAGGCGACCGCCGAGGAGGCCGCCACCGAGAAGGCGACCACCGAGGAGGCCGCCGCCAAGUCCGCCACCGAGGGGGAGUCCGAGGAGGCAGCCAUCGAGGAGUCCGCCGCCGAGGAGUCCGCCACUGAGGAGGCCGUCGUCGCCGAGGAGGCCGCCACCGAGGAGGCCGCCGCCAAGCCCGCCGCCGCCGAGGAGUCCGCCACCAAGUCCGCCGCCGCCGAGGAGUCCGCCACCAAGUCCGCCGCCGCCGCCGCCGAGGAGUCCGCCACCAAGUCCGCCGCCGCCGAGGAGUCCGCCGCCAAGUCCGCCGCCGCCGAGGAGUCCGCCACCAAGUCCGCCGCCGCCGCCGCCGAGGAGUCCGCCACCAAGUCCGCCGCCGCCGAGGAGUCCGCCACCAAGUCCGCCGCCACCGAGGAGGCCGCCGCCACCGAGGAGUCUGCCACCGAGGAGGCCGCCAAGUCCGCCGCCGCCGAGGGGGCCGUCGCCAAGGAGGCUGCAAAGGAGGUCGAGAAGCCGGCCAAGACCGUUUCCAACCCGCCCGACCCAGCGGACACCACCUGCUACCCGGGCCUGCCCACGCCGACGGCGGUGGGGGAGAGCGAGCCGGCGCCGGCCCGCAGCUCCGGACCGGGCUACGUGGUCGGCGUCGAGGCCGAAGUCCGCCGGCUGGGCGAGAGCGUCGUCUACCAGGCUACGCCCGCCGACGGCAAGAAGUCGCCGUCGCCGGGAGUCCCCACCUCCGGCGGCAUUGCGCCCGUGGCGCCCAAGCCACUGAGCGCGGUCGCGGGCGCGGGGCUGGCUGAGGCCGCGGCCGCCGAGCGGCGCGAGUACUGGGAGGGCAUUCGCAAGAAGGCGAAGGCCGCGCUCGAUCUCAUUGCCGAGCGACGGGAGAAGUGGGCGGACUUGCAGUCGCGGCGCUCGAGGAAGUGCCGGCGCAAGGCAAGGCGCUGGCGCAAGCCGAAGACUGACAAGAGCCGCGGCCGCGGCCGCCGCCCGGACCGGCGCCGCGAGCCGCAGAACACGUCCGGCAAGGCGCCAUUCGCCGCUGGCACGUGCGGCGCCGGAGCUGGCACGUGCGGCGCCGGCGCUGGCACAUGCGGCGCCGGCGCUGGCACAUGCGGCGCCGGCGGUCGCGCCGCCCUCAAGGCGGCGGCCAACUGCGUGCAGGGCGGCUACACGAAGGCCGAGGGCGCCUUCCGGUGGCUGCUCCUCGUCUGCAUGCCCGCCUUCGGCCACUGCGCGUCCGCCGUGCCUAGCCCGACGGCGGUGGCCUCGGCCUUCUCGUCUACCGUCGCCUCGGCGUCCUCGGCCUUCUCAUCCGGCGUCGCCUCGGCGGCGUCCUCGGCCUUCUCGCCCGCCGUCGCCUCGAAUCCGUCCUCGCUCGUGAGCUGCUCGCCGCUUCUCAUGCCCGCAAGCGUGCUCAUCCUCCUCGCCAUCGCUUGCGGCGCCUCCUGGCCGACCGCGGCGAGCGGAAAGGGGGCUCGCGGCGCGGCGUGGGCCACCUGCCUCGCCGCCGCCACGGCGCGCCUCACCGGCACGGCGGCGCUUGCCGGCUUCUUCGCGAGCGCCUUCUCGUGGCUCGCGGCGGGUCCGCCGCAGGUCGCCGCCGCGGCCGCUGCCCUGGCCGUCGUCGGCACGGUGAUGUGGCGCCGCAACUCAAAGGCCCGCCGACUCGGCUGGUCCAGCCUGCUCGGCAUUCUUCUCUGCUUGGCCACCGUCUCUGGCGGCUUGGUCACCGCCGCUGGCGGCGCCGCGCUUGCUGCAUCCUCAACUGCGCUGCCAGACGUCACUGCGCUUCCGGACUCAGAUUUCGCUGAAGGGUUAGGAGGCCUCUCGGGAACAGGGGGAUGGGUGGCCGCCGCGCACCGUGGCCGCGUGUUCGGCACGCAAAGUUAA